AUGUUCUUUCUUUCUUUCUUUCUUUCUUUCUUUCUUUCUUUCUUUCUUUCUUUCUUUCUUUCUUUUUCUUUCUUUCUUUCUUUCUUUCUUUCUUUCUUUCUUUCUUUCUUUUUAACACCUUCUUAUAUUUUUCUUUUUUUAUUUUUUUCCCUAAGCAUUCUUUUUCCAUUUUUUGCUUUUGAUUAUUUUUAUUUUUCUUCUGUUGGUUUGCUUUCUCUUCCUUUUUCUUCUCCUUUUUCUUCUUUUUCGUUGUUUUUCUUCUCUUUUUCUUUUCUUAUCUUUUUAUUCUUUCAUUCAUUUUUUUUAAAAAUCAUUUCCUUAUUUUUCUUUUUCUGUUUUUCUUUCUUUCUUUGCGUAUCAUUUCGGUUCCUUUCUUUAUUGUUCUUUCUCCUCCUUUUCUUUCUUUCUUUCUUUCUUUCUUUCUCUCUUUAUUCCUUUCUUUUCUUCAUUUUGUUUUUCUUUCUAUUAAUUUUAUUCUUUCUUUCUUUCUUUCUUUCUUUCUUUCUUUCUUUCUUUCUUUCUUUCUUUCCAACACAACUACACCCGUUUGAAACAUUCUUCAUUUUCCCUUCUGAUCUUCCAGCGUUUUCUUCCGCUCUCUUCAUUCCUCGAUUCCUUAAUUCUCUUCAUUCUCUUCAUUCCUCGAUUCCUUUAUUCUCUUCAUUCUCUUCAUUCCUCGAUUCCUUUAUUCUCUACAUUCUCUUCAUUCCUCGAUUCCUUUAUUCUCUUCAUUUCUCUUCAUUCCUUCAUUCUCUUCAUUCUCUUCAUUCCUCGAUUCCUUUAUUCUCUUCAUUUCUCUUCAUUCCUUCAUUCUCUUCAUUCUCUUCAUUCCUCGAUUUCAUUCUCAACGCCUCUUUCCCUUUUCUCCCCAACUCUUCCCAUCGCUUCGCCAGUUCGUCUUUCUUAUUAAUUAUUCAUUCGUAUUGA